UCGAUCAAUCGACCUAGCGGUCGAGUCUUGGGUGUCAACGAAAGUUGUUUUGGGUCUGGUUUGCCGUCCGGAGGUUGUCCUAGUAUGCGGGACUCUAUCCCUGGACCUUGAAAUCAUAUCAAGACUCAGCUAAACUUUCGCUGACAAGCCAAAAGCUCAGUGACAAGGCAAGAGGACGCCCAGGACUCAGCUUAGCAAACUGAAGCUGGGCGUGACGGCUGAAGGAUGUUUUGCCAGCUGCUGUUCAGUUUGUGACGGUGGUAUUGUAUUGACAGAGGCCACAGCAACAGGCGGCGACAGGCACACUGCGACAGGCGACAGGCACACAGCGGCACACCUCCUCUUACUGGCAUUUAACAGACACUACAGACAAGCAAGAUGACCCCCUCCCUGCUGUACCAAGAUGGCUGCCAGCCCUGCACAGUGCUCCAAACCCUGCAAGAGUUCAGGAAGUCCAGGGAACUCUGUGAUGUCAUCAUCCAAGUAGGCUCCUCUGAGAUUCCUGCUCACAGGGCUGUGCUGGCAGCAAGCAGCCCUUACUUCAAAGCCAUGUUCACCAGCCAGUUGUGUGAGAGCACCCAGCAUCAGGUGACCAUGAGGGAGGUGGAUGGUGCUGCCCUGGACCAACUCAUCACCUUCAUCUACACAGCAACAAUGACGGUUGAUGAAAACAAUGUCCAGGCCUUGCUCUCCUGCGCCACUCUCCUCCAGAUGACAGGGGUUUGCGCCGCCUGUUGUCAGUUUCUGGAGAAACAGCUGGCGCCCUGUAACUGCCUGGGGAUCCGACAGUUCGCCGACCUCCACAACUGUAACCAACUCAGGAACGAGGCCAACAAGUACCUUCACCAACACUUCUCAGAAGUCAUCCAAGAAGAGGAGUUCCUUCUGAUGGACUACCAGGACUUGAACAAUCUUGUAACAAGUGAUUUCCUUGGAGUUGGUGACGAAGAAACAGUCUUCCAAGCCGUUACAUCGUGGCUAAGCUACGACAUGGAAAACAGGUUAUAUGCGGCCAAGUCACUGUUUUGUAGCAUUCGGUUCCCUCUCUUGUCCGCAAAUUUCCUGAUCGAACAAGUCAAGGAGAACUCAGUGGUGACCAAUAGUAUUGAGUGUUACAAAGUUGUUGCCGAGCAGUUGGAGACAAAACUGCAGGUGAAAUAUUCUAGCCAUGCUGAUGACAGCUUCCCCAGUAGAAGAUGGAGUGUCACAGAGGUAAUAGUAGCUGCUGGGGGAGAGUCAGAUGGUGUAACGUUGAGCAGUUUAGAAUUCUACGACCCCAGAGAGGACAACUGGACCUACAGCCUGCCACAGGCCAGGUGUGAGGGUCAGCAGUGUAAGGGGCUCAGUACUCCUCGCACCGGCAUGGGGCUAGUGGCAGAGGACAAGUACAUCUACAUCAUCGGUGGCAGUAACUGUUCCCAUCCCCUGCGGACAGUGGAAGUGUACGACUACCUCCAGAACGAGUGGGACAGUUUCCCGGACAUGACGACACCGCGGCAUGGCGUGGGCACCGCCUUCCUGGGCGGCAGGCUGUUAGCAGUGGGUGGCAGGGACCAAACCAGCUACCUCAGCACAGUGGAGAUGUUCUGUCCCCAGAACCAGGCCUGGAGCACGGUCUCCUCCAUGAGGAGUCGCAGAUGUUUCCUCGGCGUGGCUGAGUUAGGGGGCAUGCUGUAUGCUGUAGGAGGCUCAGGAAGUGAAACAUCAGGGAGACUGAACCAGUACCUCAACACAACAGAGCGGUAUGAUCCUAACCUCAACACAUGGACCAGCAUCUGUCCCAUGAACGAGUGCCGCUCCUAUGUCUCCAUCGCAGCGCUCGAUGGCUGUAUAUACGCCAUCAGUGGCUACAACGGGCUGUGGCACAGCACGGUAGAGAGGUACGAUCCGCGAAUCAACCGCUGGAUGUACGUCAGUCCUGUCCUGACCAAGCGGAGUAGUCACGGGGCCACCAUACUCAACGGCUGCAUCUACGCCGUCGGGGGCUUCAACGGUUUGCGGAACGUUAACGAUGUUGAAAUGUACGAGCCUCGUGUGGACAGGUGGAGGAGGGUGUCACCCAUGCGCACACGGAGAUAUGGGACAGGGACUACCACUGUCUGCCUCAUGUAGAUGUAUCAUAGUAGAUAUAGAAGUCUCUGCAUGUGUUAUGACUUCCAUUUUUUUGUGUAAUAAACAGGCCUAAGGGGACAGAUCAAAUGUAACAAAAAAUUGUAUCAGUUGGAGCUUCAGGGACAAUUAUGUAGUGAAUCCUACAAGUGUUUUUAAUUACUAAAUGCUAUGCUGUCAGUUUGUCUUCCUGUGAAUUUGCCCGGUGCUUUAACUUAUGAUUGGUCUUCCAGAUCUCAGCACUUUUGGUACGCAAUAACUGUGGGAACUCACCUUUAGAAAAAACUGCAUGUAUUAAACUCAAAAUGUUUUCUAUUGGUAUACAUGUAUCUGCAGUGACCAUAUUGUGUUACUUUGAAAGUACCAUCAUUGUACUGGCAUACUAGGGCAUAUUGAGACAAGAGUUCUAUAACUAUCCAUGGGACUGAUUUGAGACACAGUCAUGUUUGUCUGACCAGAACCUGUUUUUAGUCAUGCGUUUUGUAUCGAGUUCAAACCAAUCUAUCUUGGUCAAGUUAACAUACUGCUCCAUGCUCAGUCAAACCAUACUCCCUGCUGACCAUCAGCUGGGCUGUGCAUUUUUAUAAUGUCAGAAUAACGUGAAUAUGAUAUGUAAGUUGUAACAUGUUGAAAUUAUCAUACUACCAUUCUAAUGUAGUGCCUUAUUUGAAAGAGAUUGUGAUGCUUAUCAUGUGUGAUUGACAUGUGAAAUGCAUGGAGAUCAGUUUGACUCUCUGUGUACCAGUUAAUCAUCAAAUGAAAUGAGUGUUAUGAUGGGGGAUUUUUCAAUGGUGCUUUGUUAUGUUGAAUAUUAUACAGCUAAUGAAAUAUUACUUAUUAGCAACAAUAAUACUUGAAUCUACAC